AUGUCUGAUCGUACUGUCCUCGUUACAGGUGCCACUGGCCUCUUGGGUCGAGAGGUAUCUGCGGCUUUUGGUCUCAAAAAUUGGGAGGUCAAGGGAACAGGCCUUUCCCGUGCAGAUGGAAUCAGCACUUUCAAAGUUGACUUGGGAAAUGAAAAUGAAGUAACGAAUUUUCUGGAUGAUACCAAACCCAAGGUCAUAGUCCACUGCGCUGCACAGCGAUUCCCAGACAAGGUUGACAAAGACCCUGAGGGAGCCAGAGCACUCAAUGUCGCUGCGAGCAAGGCACUCGCCAAACUGGCCGCCGAAAGGGAUAUUUUUGUGAUCUACAUUUCUACUGACUAUGUUUUCCCCGGCGUGCCCGGAGAUGCUCCAUACGAAGCUGAUGCUGAGCCCCGGCCUACCAACCUCUAUGGUCAGACUAAACUCGAUGGUGAACGUGCUGUCCUAGAAACCUUCAAGGAAGCUGGUAAGGAAGGCUUGGGUGUUGUGCUUCGAGUUCCUGUUCUCUAUGGAAACGCCGAGACACCGUCUGAGAGUGCAGUCAACGUUCUGAUGGACGCUUUGUGGAAAGCACAAACACAGGGAGCUCAAAUCAGCAUGGACCACUGGGCUAUUCGUUAUCCCACAAACACGGAAGACAUUGGUCGAGUUUGUCACGACAUUUCAGUCAAGUAUCUCGACACCCCAAGCAACAGCCGGGCAUCUCUCCCUAGUAUCCUCCAAUUUUCUUCUGAAGAUCGAAUGACCAAGUAUGAGAUUGUAGCUCUGUUUGGUGAAAUCAUGGGUCUGUCGACAGAAGGGAUCACACCCAACACAGAGGGGAAUGACCCGAAUGCCAGUGUGCAGCGACCUUACGACUGCCAUCUCAGCACAAAGGCGCUCAAGGACUUGGGAAUCGAUGUUUCAACGUGCGACUUUAAAGGAUGGUGGAGACGCGAGGUUCGCGCGUUUCGAAAAUAA